AUGAUCAAAAGACAGAUGCUUUUGGGGGACGUGUUGCAAGCUACUACAAUGAGAAUUGCUCUCCAGGAUCAAACACUAGAAGUGCAAAUGUUAUACGGCUACAUUGGCACAAUACAAUAUAAAAAAAGUGACGAAGAUAUAUUGAGGUUUGCAUACGAAAAAUAUCUAUCCGAAAACAAUGGCGUUGCAUUCAAUCUCGAACAUGUGUGGAGAAUUGUCAAAGACCGUCCAAUGUUUACUCCACAGUCCGUUGAUCACUUUGUGGCUACAAAGAAGAUGAGGACCUCAGAGUCAGGAGCAAGCAACAUCUCCUCCAACCAAGAUGUGAGUAUAAGCCUGGAUGAUGAAGAUACUCGUCCAAUGGGACAGAAAGCAGCAAAAAGAAAGGAAAAAGACAAAGUAAAAUCGACCAUGGAGGAUCUGACACUAAACUACAACAAUAUUUUCGCAAAGUUCACUGAGUACACAAGCGUGAAGAAGUCCGAAGUCGAUCUGAAACACAAACAACUUGAAAUAGAGGAGAUUAAGACAAAAGUUGCCUUGUCCAAAUCUGAAGCUAAGAAUCAUCGCUUGAAGUUGAAGGAGUACGAAAUAUUGAACAAAGACACAUCACAUAUGACAAAGGAGCAGCUUAUCAUAUAUGAAUGUCUAUGCCAGGAUAUUAGGUCGAGAUAG